UGUAUCUUUUUAGAUCCUUUUAGAAAACACGACUAAUCACAUAAUGUAACUUGGGCUUAUUAUAUUGUAUAUGACAUAUCUUGGGUCAUUGCACAUGCUGGUGAUACACAUUUUUUAAGCUCAAACAUGGCUCGUUUAAAAUUCACAAAAGACUCGGUUCAACUUGUUAGAUUCAACAGUAACCUCAUAAUUUUUAGUUCCCAAAAUUAAAAAAAAAUUAAAAAUUACACUCAAUCCACCGUCCACAACAUAACACCGCAACAACGUUGUUGAAACCGAACCACUCAUGGAAUUCCCUUCACUCGUUGUCGUCACCGCAACAAGACCUAAACAAAGAAAGCACAAAUCCUAUCUUUGGCUGAAUUCACUCCUAAACUUCUUUCUUCAUAUAUGGCUCAAGAUACUGUUGAUCUUCUAACCGGUGACCGGGCAAGUAUUGGUGGAGGGUAUAGAUCUUACUGUGACUGCGGUAAACAAACAAGGAUUGACUUUCGGUGUAUAAUCUCUCCAAUUCUUGAACUUUUAUUUGCUAAAUUUCUUGAUAAAAAUAAGGAAAAUAUUUUGUGUUGAAAAAAGUAACUUGGCUGCUUUUGUUAAGUUCAAAUAUUUCCAUGCAUUCUGUUUUAUGGUUGAACUCAAGGUUUAAAAAAUGAUCUGUUACCGCGAAAACGGCUGCAUAUUGGUAACAUCCAAUACAGAUUUUCUCUAUUUUGACAUAGCGAACAAAAAUCACAUUAAUUGCUUCGACAAAACACAGUUGCAUCGUGAUAAAAUAUCCAGAGGUUUAAUUUCCAUAAUAUCCUUCUCUUUCAUUGUUAUAUAGCUCGAUUCUUGUGGUCAAAAAUAUCAUUAAAAUGCCUGACAAAAUUGAUCAAGUUGUUAUAAGAACUAAGUAUUCAAAUCAUAUUUCUAUACGCAUUAUUUGAGCAGUCUUUUUUAUCUCUCUUUUACUUAAUUUUUUUUAAUGAAACUUAGCUAUAAAAAAAAUUACGUUUUUAUUUAAUGGGGUCUAUUUUAAAUAGAGUCGAACCUCCUAUUUCAUAGGAACGACCUUGCUUCUAUCAACCACAUGAUUAUUACGAAGACAUGAAUAAUACGAAAAUAAGAAAUAGGAAAUUAAAUUAGGUUUACCACGACUAUAUGCAUCAAUCAACAUCUAAAACUGUUUGAUCAAAAUCAAACUGUUGAUAUCAAGAUGGUUUUAAAUUUUUGUUUAAUAUAGAAUUAUGAACUGUCAUGUCUUAAACAGACGAUUUCGAGUAUACCGAUUGCACAACUGCAUCGAUUUUCGAUUGCACAGAAACCUAAUUUGAGAAAUAGUGAUUAUUACGUGGUCCCUACAACUCACAUCAGUAUGGGAGAUGGAAGUCAUAAGGAGUAAAAAUAAGCACAUUUGGACAUUUGGGCAUAUGAACGUUUCUUGGGUCUCAAUGCUUGUUGUGGCUUAAACAAGCAAAGUAUCUAAUCUUGGAACCCUCAGAAUUAAUAACCAACACGUCUCUUACAAGUUAUCAUUAUCAUUAGCGUCCAAACUUCAACCCACCACAACUAUUAUUAUUAUGCAACCAUGUCUUUUUCUAUUCUUUCAUUCUUAUAGUCUAACACGUCUAUCACAAUUUAUGAGAUUAAGAAACACUUUUAGCAAGAACCUCUCAACUACGUUUAUUCUUAUUAUUUUAUUGAAAUAAGCCACUAUAGUUUUCUUCACUUUGUAUCUCUUUCUUCAUUGCUUAGUAAUCCAGUCAAAAAGGAUGGAAGAUUUAGAAAGAAUAAAAGAACUAAAAGAUUUUGAUGAAACAAAACUUGGUGUUAAAGGACUUGUUGAUGCAGGGAUUACCAAAAUCCCUCAUAUAUUUUAUCAUCUACCUGAUAAAAUCAAGAAGGCAUCAGAGUCAGGGGACACAACAACUAUUCCUGUGAUAGAUCUUGCUAACAUUCUUGAAGAUCCGUGUGCAUGCAAAAGGGUCGUCGAGAGUGUUAGAGAUGCAUCAGAGACAUUUGGAUUUUUCCAGAUUGUAAAUCAUGGCAUCCCAGUGAGUACGUUGAAUGAAAUGAAAGAUGGGGUGGUAAGGUUUUUUGAGCAAGAUAGUGAGGUCAAAAAGAAAUAUUACACUCGUGAAAGAAAACCCUUUGUGUAUAAUAGUAAUUAUAAUCUAUUACAUACAUCUGAUCCAAUUACUUGGAAAGAUACCUUCCUUUGUAACUUGGCUCCUAAUCCCCCUAAACCAGAAGACCUUCCAGCUAUAUGCAGGAACAUACUGCUGGAAUACUUGAACCAUGUAAUGAAAGUGGGGACUUUAUUGUUUGAGUUACUAUCAGAAGCUCUUGGUCUAAACCCAACCUAUUUAAUAGAUAUUGGUUGUGCUGAGGGCUUAUCUGCUUUUGGCCACUAUUAUCCAUCCUGUCCUGAACCAGAAUUAACUUUAGGAACAGUAAAACACGUCGAUAUUGAUUUCAUCACAGUGCUUCUACAAGAUCAUAUAGGUGGCCUCCAAGUUCUUCAUAAGGAUAUGUGGGUUGAUGUACCUACUAUACCAGAGGCUUUGGUGGUUAACAUCGGUGAUUUUUUGCAGUUUAUCUCAAAUGACAAGUUCAAGAGUGCUCAACACAGAGUACUGUCAAAUCUCGUAGGUCCAAGAGUCUCUAUUGCAUGUUUUUUUAGCACUCGUCAUCAUCCAACUACAAGGAUUUAUGGUCCCAUCAAGGAACUAUUAUCUGAAGACAAUCCUGCAAAAUAUAGAGAAACUUCAAUUUCAGAUUUACAUGUCCACUGCACACAAAAAUGCUCGAGUGGUACUUCUCCUCUGCCACAUAUCAGGAUUUGACAAGCACAAUACAAGUGAAAAUGACCAUGUGAUCACCUUAUGCUUUCAGUGUACAAUGUCUCCAAUCGCUGAACUUUUAUUUGCUUAAUUACUUGAUAAAGAAUAAGGAAGACAAUUUUUGUUGAAAAAGGUAAUUUGGUGGUUUUGUUUGAGUUCAAACAUCUCCAUGCUUUAGUUAAUUAUGUUCUAUUGCUGAA